AUGGGUUUCAUUCUUUGGCUGCUGGCAGCCGCGUGCUUCCUUCAGCCGUUCACAAUUGCCGCCGACACAGCAGCAUGGAAGUCUAGAAACAUCUACUUCGCGCUGACAGACCGCAUCAGUCGCAAUGCCUCCGACGAGGGAGGCAACGCCUGUGGUGACCUCGGGAACUACUGCGGCGGCACGUUCAAAGGCCUCGAGUCCAAGCUGGACUACAUCAGCGGCAUGGGCUUCGACGCCAUCUGGAUCACGCCCGUCGUCAAGAAUAGGCCCCGAGGUUAUCACGGCUACUGGGCCCAAGACCUCUACAGCAUCAACGAGAACUACGGGACAGCUGACGAUCUAAAGGACCUGGUCAACGCUGCUCACGACAAGAACAUGUUCGUCAUGGCCGACGUCGUAGCGAACCACAUGGGCGCUGGCCCCAUCUCCGAGAACAGCCUAGCUCUUCUGACACAACAGAGUGCCUACCACCCAGCAUGCGACAUCGAGCAGGACGACUACGACAACAAUCAGACUGCCGUCGAGGAAUGCCGCUUAGCCGGCCUCCCCGACCUCAACACCCAAUCUCGCGAAGUCCGCCAACUCUUCCAAGACUGGAUCAAAUGGCUCGUCUCCGAGUAUUCAUUCGACGGCAUCCGCAUCGAUACAGUCAAACACGUCGAGCAGGACUUCUGGCCUGGCUUUGUCGAAGCUUCCGGCGUUUAUGCCAUCGGAGAGGUGCUGAACGGCGCACCGCCCUAUCUCGCCGAGUACGCAAAAUUAAUGCCAGGACUGUUGAACUACGCGAUGUACUAUGCCCUCCAGGAUUUCUUCCUGCAGAAGAGUGGUGCAUCGAGGAUCGUGGAGAUGCACGAUUGGAUCUCGAGUAUCUUCCCGGACCCGGCAGCGUUAGGGACGUUCGUCGACAAUCAUGACCAAAUGCGGUGGUUGGCGCAGCGAGACGACGUGGCGGUGUUGAAGAAUGUGCUAGCAUAUGUCAUACUAGCCAGAGGUAUACCGAUCGUGUACUACGGUACGGAACAGGGCUUCUCUGGAGCAAGUGAUCCCUUCAAUCGGGAAGAUCUAUGGAGGUCUGGCUUCAAUACCGAAGCGGAUUUGUAUCAGACUAUCGCCAGACUCUCGGAAGCUAGACUCGAUGCAGGUGUCUAG